UAGUAAGAGAGGCAGGAGGGAGAGAGGGAGGGAGAGAAGAGGGGAAGCGAUGGAGGGGCGGUGCUGCUCCACGUCAGCCGGCGAGGAGCCCAGGAAGCCUCCGCCUUCGCUGGCCGUACGGAGAUCGUCGGCGAGCAGCGUAGGAGCCGGCAGAGAUAGGCCUUACAGGGGCGUCAGGAUGAGGAAGUGGGGCAAGUGGGUGGCGGAGAUCCGCGAGCCGAACAAGCGGUCGCGGAUUUGGCUGGGUUCGUACUCCACCGCCGUCGCCGCCGCCCGUGCCUACGACACCGCCGUCUUCUACCUCCGCGGCCGCUCCGCCCGCCUCAACUUCCCCGACGAGAUCCUCGCCGAUUGCGCCGGCGAAGCCGGCGCUGACGGCGCAUCUCUCUCGGCCGCUUCGAUUCGGAAGAAGGCGACCGAAGUCGGCGCGAGGGUGGACGCCCUCCAGGCCGGACUCGUACCGCCACCGCCUCCCCCGCCCCCGCCGAGGCCGCCAAAGAACCCUGAUCUGAACCAGGAGCCGAGCCCGGAGAGCUCCGAUGUGGAUUAAUUAAGCGACUAAGGUAGCGCCACCCCUAUAUAGGUUCAAAAGGUUAGUCACUCUCUGCCACCUUCGGCCGGCCUCGCCGGCGUUGACGAAGAACAGAGCAAGAAAAGAGAAGCCUUGUAGCUUGUUAAUUUCCCUAGCAAGCGUUUUCCCGUUUCUGUACCAAGUUUUUCCUGUUUGUUCCGCUUUGUCGUC